ACCUUACCUGCGUUGUUAAGAAGGCACGUCCAACUUUUACUGUACUUGCCCAUAGAACAUUGACUCACACGGAUCAGGGCUUGCACGGGAGCAUUCUGCGGACUUCAUACGGAUCUAGCGUUCCCCAAAGAGUACGUCUGCUUUAGAUAAAUUAGCUGUUACUCUUGAUUAUGAAACGAUGGAUGAUUGAUAAAUCAACGAAUAAAUAUUGACAUUUCACUGAAGACCUACUCAUAGCCCGAGGAAGCAUUGUUUUUAUUUUUGUUAGUUCUUGUUUAUUUUUAUUCCAGUCUUCGAUCUAGUCAGUGGAACUCUUUCGUUAUCUUGGAUUUUAAUUUUACUAUUUUUGCUGGCGUCCUGAAUUUUGAGCAGAGACUCAAAGCUAUUAUAAACUAAAACAAGGAUUUGCAGUCUCAUUCGCUCAAAUAUAUUUUCUUACUAUAAAAAGUUGUAUUUGGGAUGUUGAGCUCAGUGAAGAUGGAGUCUCAUGAACUGCCAGAGUGGAAUGCCUUCUACAGCGAAGCCAGUGAGGUAAAAACACUUUUCUAUAUACGUUUACCGUAUGGGCAAUGUGUGUGUGGAUGCUGGAUAUAUGUUUCUUUAAAGUUUAUUCUAGAGUUUUUUAAAACGAAGUUAUUGAAUCGAAAGCUCAGUAUUUUACUAACACAUUGGCUUGAUUUUGAUAUUUUUCACUAAAUGUUUCACUUGUGGCUGCAAUUUCUUAGCUUUAAUAUAGUAAUGUUAGAAUUUUACAAUUCAACAUAUAAUAACACUGAUGUGAUAUGAUUUGGCUCAAUUUGUCUAUUGUGUGACCUGUUGAAAUUGUAUAUGUGACAUUUAGAAGCCUGUUUUCAUCAAAUCUAUCUUAUUUUUUUGAGGAAUUCCCUAGUCUCUUUAUACUAACACUUAUGGACUAUCCAUUUAAAUAUGCCAUUUAUGUGAAUGAUAAAGCAUCUCGGAAAUUAAAUUAGCAGUUAAUUUGAUUAACGUAGGCUACCUCCGAAAGUUUAAAUAAGCUAUACAUUUCCACAAGAAAUUCGUGAUUAAAUGAAAGGCAACUGAAAUCCUGUAUUUUAAUCAACAUGAUAUGCUCUCAAAUAAAUAUUAGGCUACUUUAAUGAUUGUGUCGUUUACGGCUCUGUGAUCCUUUUUAUAAGCAUAUUAUAACAGGGAUAGCCUAUGGUCAGAUAUUUUGGAACAUUUCGUUUAAAAGUUUGUUUUAUUUUCCGUGGUUUUGUAGCACUUAGUAGUGCGGAAGGAGAACUACCAAAUGAAAGGGAACGAAUCCAUGACGCGCUUGUUACGCAUUUUCAGGUUUAACAAUGCGAUGUGAAAUCCAUGUCCCUUUCUCACCAAUGGUAUCAUUGUCAUUCACAUUUACAUUUACAUCAUUUAGCAGACGCUGGGUCCACUGAUGCUUUCCAUUAGUACAGGCUUUUGGACACAGAAAUACAAUUACAUUAUUUAUUGUCUAAACCUACAGUACCAGUCAAAAGUUUGGACACACCUACUCAUUCCAGGGUUUUUCUUUAUUUUUACUAUUUUCUACAUUGUAGAAUAAUAGUGAAGAUGUCAAAACUAUGAAAUAACACAUGUGGAAUCAUGUAGUAACCAAAAAAGUGUUAAACAAAUCAAAAUAUAUGUUAUAUUUGAGAUUCUUUAAACAGCCAGCCUUCGCCUUGAUGACAGCUUUGCACACUCUUGGCAUUCUCUCAACCAGCUUCACCUAGAAUGCUUUUCCAACAGUCUUGAAGGAGUUCCCACAUAUGCUGAGCACUUGUUGGCUGCUUUUCCUUCACUCUGCGUUCUGACUCAUCCCAAACCAUCUCAAUUUGGUUGAGGUCGGGGGAUUGUGGAGGCCAGGUCAUCUGAUGCAGCACUCCAUCACUCUCCUUCUUGGUAAAAUAGCCCUUACACAGCCUGGAGGUGUGUUGGGUCAUUGUCCUGUUGAAAAACAAAUGAUAGUCCCACUAAGCCCAAACCAGAUGGGAUGGCGUAUCGCUGCAGAAUGCUGUGGUAGCCAUGCUGGUUAAGUGUGCCGUGAAUUCUAAAUAAAUCACAGACAGUGUCACCAGCAAAGCACCCCCACACCAUAACACCUCCUCCUCCAUGCUUUACGGUGGGAAAUACACAUGCAGAGAUCAUCCAUUCACCCACACUGUAUCGCACAAAGACAUGGCGGUUGGAACCAAAAAUCUCAAAUUUGGACUCCAGACCAAAGGAUUGGCUCAAACACAUUAAGAAGGAAAGAAAUUCCACAAAUUAACUUGUAAGAAGGUAAACCUGUUAAUUGAAAUGCAUUCCAGAUGACUACCUCAUGAAGCUGGUUGAGAGAAUGCCGAGAGUGUGCAAAGCUGUCAUCAAGGCAAAGGGUGGCUAUUUGAUUUGUUUAACACUUUUUUGGUUACUACAUGAUUCCAUAUGUGUUAUUUCAUAGUUUUGAUGUCUUCACUAUUAUUCUACAAUGUAGAAAAUAGUACAAAUAAAGACAAACCCUUGAAUGAGUAGGUGUUCUAAAACUUUUGACCGGUAGUGUAUAUAUUUUUGUUUCUAAAUGACUAAAUCAACUCUUUUUUGUUUUGUUUUCAGAUGUAUUCCUCUCCCAGUGCCAUGAAUUCAAUGAGCUCAAUGAGCACCAUCAACAGCUACAUCAACCUGAACCCAGCUGGUUCUCCAGCCACCAUGAACAUGGGCUAUGGCAGCUCUGGGCUCAACAGUCAACUGGCCUCCAUGGGUGGAGGGCCCAACCAUAUGAACCUGUCCCCGGUGAAUUCAUCCCUCAACCCCAGCUCUCUCUCCCAACUGGGCUCCCCAGCCCCUUCCCUGGGCUCCCUCUCCCACUACCAGAACAUGGGCCAGCCCAUGAGCCAGCUGAGCUACCCCUCUCCCACCUCCCUCAACCGGGCCAAGGAGGUGCCCAAGCCCUACCGCCGCUCGCUGACCCAUGCCAAGCCGCCUUACUCCUACAUCUCCCUCAUCACCAUGGCCAUCCAGCAGUCCGGCAGCAAGAUGCUCACCCUCAACGAGAUCUACCAGUGGAUCAUGGACCUGUUCCCCUACUACCGCGAGAACCAGCAGCGCUGGCAGAACUCCAUCCGCCACUCGCUGUCCUUCAACGACUGCUUCGUCAAGGUGGCCCGCUCGCCCGACAAGCCCGGCAAGGGCUCCUACUGGGCCCUGCACCCCAACUCAGGCAACAUGUUUGAGAAUGGCUGCUACCUGCGCCGCCAGAAGCGCUUCAAGAUCGAUCAAGAGAAGGCUGCGAAGAGGUCUGGGAAGUCCCAGGAGGGAGGCUCGGGGAAAGGGGGCCAUGGAGACAGCCUGCUGGAGGAGCACAGCCCAGCGGGGGGCUCGGAGGGGGCCGACUCGACCCACUCUGACAACUCCCACCCUGGUUCCUCCUCAGAGGAGCAGCAGCAGAGGAGCAUGGUCCAGCUGGACUGCCCCCCACAGCCCCAGUCCCACAUUCAGAGCACCCCGGUGGCAAUCCCCUCCUCCGUACCCUCCUCCAUCUCCUCCUCCGCCCCUCUCCUCCACUCCCAGGCCAUGGGAGGCAGCCCCCACCUCCUUCCCAGCGCCAUGCAUAAUCUGGACCUGCAGCACGACCCUCUCAAGGCCAUGGAUCCCCACUACAACUUCAACCACCCCUUCUCCAUCACCAACCUCAUGUCCAACGAGCAGAAGAUGGAUCUGAAGACCUACCAGGACCAGGUGAUGGCCUACAACGGUUACGCUUCCUCUCCGAUAGCAGCCAAGCAGAUCUACGACAGCGCGGGACCCUCGGCCAUGGACUCUGGGGCCUACUACCAAACCCUCUACAGCCGCUCGGUCCUCAAUGCCUCCUAACAUGGAGGCCCUCUGGACCACAGCCAAGUGGUGCUGACAAGGACUUUUAGCAGCCUUGAAAUCCCCAAAUGUAAGAUGGCUGCCAUUGAAGGGAUACUCACGAGGGACCAAAGGGGCCAAAGAACAUUUAGCAGCGCUGAAUACACAGUUGAUCAGGGAAACCCUGCAGUUACAUGAAGUAGAAGAAAAAGGUAAAACCCAGCGCUGGAUAGACACCCAUUCAUCAGGUCUUUAAACUGAUCCAUUCAUACAUUCACACAGAAGUCAUGUCCCCCCCUUUGACAUUUUGUUGCUUAUCUCUUUUUAGACUACUUCAAACUGGGUUUUGGUUUGUUCAACAGACAAGCAGGACUACUUGGGUUGUACACAUUGUAAAUAGGUGGAGUGGGGGAAAGGAGAUGUGCAUUUAUUUAUGAAGGGAAGAAAAUUAAUAUAUCUUGUACAGUGCUGUAUUGACAAGUUACAAAAAACAAAUGUGAGAUGAAACAAUUUGAGGGAUUGUUGAAUUGAGAAAAGGUUCAGGUUACUGCUUCGAGCAGUUGUUACUGCAUUACAGGGAAUUCUUGUUGUGUUUGACAACAUGUUGCUUCAUUCCUAUUUUUAAUAUGCUGUUUUAAUCUCUUCAAAUACCCAUCCAUAAACACAAAUGUAGCUGCCAUGGUUCAUUUUUACAAGAGGUGGAAGGCUGUUGUUUUUACUGAUAAGAGAGACAUUUCUUGUAUUCUUUUACCAGGUAUCCAUUCAAAGAAAAAUAUGAAGUCUGUUUAAAAAGGGAUGAAACUGUGGUAAAUCUAAUUUCAGCUUUGUUUGUCUGUUUUAAAACAUGCUUUUUCAUAGGGCCCUUUUAUUAUCAAUAAUGAUAGCCUGCUGUUCCCCAGCUCUUUAUGUCAGAGGAUAUUUUGGAAUUGCUUCACAUUAUAUUACACAACAUACCAAGGGUUAGGAGGGAGAGGAGCUAUGGCAUGUCAGUUACUAAGAUAGGAGUUGAAUGGAAAUGCACUAAGAGGACCAUUUACAUACAGUACUUUGCACGAGAGUUCCCACCAUUUUGCACAGCUGGGGUGACCCUGAUAGAGUGUGUUACAACAAUGCGAUGUAAUGACCUUUUUUACUGCAAAUGGCAAACUAGAAUUGGAUCACUGUAACAAUGUCAAUGCAACAUUGAGCUUUAUGUUGCAACCCUCAUCCUCAAAGUGCCUUUCAAGAUGCUUUGAUAAUGGAGGACCAAUAACUGAAUAUUCACUGAAGGAACACUUUUUCAAAGAUAAACCAUGAGUUUCAGGUCAGAAAUACUGUUUUUAUUUCUUGUAUUUUAGUUUUAAAAGUACUAUUUAAACUAUGUUGCUUUUCAGACUUAUAUAUUGUAUAUAUUGUCAGGUUGUUGUUUAUGGCUUGAAUGUUGUGAUUUGAACGAUUCAUGUUUUUCUCAUUAAAAAGCAAAACUUUGGGGAGAAACACGAUUGUUGCCUGUUCCGUUGAAAUAAAUAUAUAUGUGAAAUUAUCUAUAGACUUGAUGAAAUGGGUGUAUAUGUUAUCUUACAAAAUCCUUUAAAAUUAUUAAAAAAACAUAUAUAAG